AUGAGGCUGAACUAUCUCUUUUUCAUAGCUGUAGCAUUGAAUCAAGCUGUCCAUGCUUCUAGCAUUCAAUCAUUUUCCCAAAAAAUUGACUCAUUGUCCCAACAGUUCUCUCAGUUCGGGCCUACAUCAUCAAUCUCCAAAGAAUAUGAUAAUCUCCUGGACGAACUUCUGAUUUACAGACAUCAUGUAAAUGAUCCGAAUGAGAGCAACGAGAUUGAUAGUAUGCUAUCCAACCUUUACUACACCAAAGGACUUAUCGAUCUGUCAUUUACAAAAGAGAUUAGCUCUUCCGAAAUGUUUCGGAAAUGCUUAGAGUAUGGCCCAUCAAGAAAAGCAUGCAGGGAUAAAAUGGUAGAGUCGUAUAUCAAACAGGCCAAGUUCAAAGAUUUAGAGGAAAUACUUGGCUCAGCUCAACUGGAUUCUGCAGUCUUCGAUCAGAAGAAUAAUUUCAAUCAUUUGGUUAGUCAGGCUGAAAAAACCGUAGUAAAGAAAAACUUCAAAGACAGCGUCGCUACAUUGAGUAAGCUUAGAGAGAUCAGUCCACUUUGUGACGAGAUCAGGUAUUUGAGGAUAUACUGCGUCAUCAACUUGCAGGACAUUCCUUACCAAUCCAAAUUGGACAUGCUUUUAGAAGAUUACGUGGCUCUAGCUCAAAAUGGAAAGUACUCAUCCUCCCCAAGGGAACUUAAGAUCUUCAACCCAAAAUUAAAAAAACUGUUCAAAGGGGAAGACGAUUUGGAUGUUUUAAUUAAUCUUUACAAGUUACGGCUGUUUGGAAAAUCUAAUUUUUCUCAGGCUUCUAAAAUGUUACAGAAAUGUUUAAGGAUUGAUAAUGAUUACAAAGCAGCACAAUUAUAUACUAAAGUCAACGUCAAACUAGCCCAUGCCUUUGAGUUAUUUGACAAGGCAUUGCUAUAUAUUUCUGCCGUCGAUUCAGAGGACGAAGGUACUUCCAUUACUGAAAGUCAGUUAAGCUCAAAAGAGUGGAUUUCACUUUAUGAGUUCCUCUUGAAUCCCGAAAAGUUGAUAAAGCUAAAACCGAAACAAAUUGCACAAUUGGGUUACGAGAAGAAGGGAUUGGGACUUAACAAUUUUGAUUUUCUUCUCAAAUUGGGAUAUGACUUUUCCAAAGAUUUCAAGUUUAAAGAAGACGGAGAACUCUUGAAGCAAAAUUUGUUAAAAAACAAUUUGGAGCGAGUUUUAGUGGAAAGCAUGGCUCAAUCAAAUAAUUUUGCCAGGCACAAAAAGUUGUUGAUGAAAAUCUGCCAGGACAAGACACCAAGACCUCUGGCUUGUGAAAUUCCUAAGCUGGACUACUUGAUCUCGACAAAUACGGACUCUAAUAUACGACAAGCGUAUGAGAUCCUAAAUAGAUACUCUAAGGUCACCAAGAAGACUCAUCUUUGGAAGCAAAGAUACAGUCGGGUAGAAAAAGUGAUUCAACAGCAGAGACAGCAGCAACAGCAGCAACAGCAACAGUUCCGCCAACCUCCUCAGCAGAAAGUAACUCCCAAGAAUGACUACUAUAAAAUUCUGGAUGUUUCCAGGGAUGCCGAUGAGAAGACAAUAAAGAAAGCAUUUAGAAGAAAGAUCAAGGAAUUCCAUCCAGACAAGUACAAGGGAGAUCUGGAAAGUCAUGAACUUGAGGAUAAGAUGGCUGAAAUUAACAAUGCAUACGAAGUUCUUUCUAACGAGAAAGCAAGAGAGAAAUAUGAUAAGUACGGAGAAGAUCCAAACGACCCUGCGGCUUCUCACAGCCAGCAUCAACAGCAUCAACAGCACCAACAACAUCAUUAUUACAAUCCGAAUGUGUUUCAUCAGCAAGGAUUCCAGUUUGGAGGGUUUAAUUUUGGCGGAUUCAAUAAAGGACAUAGAUGA